AUGCCUGCCAUCAACGUUGGGUCCGCCGGAGACGAUCCGGCUGUGAGCCCGAUAUACCGCACUACGGACGGGGCCCCCGCGGGAGCGUACCAUGACCCUGUAAUGGGUGCUACAAGCUCGGGUACCGGUAGCAGCCCACAGCUACCUCCCGCAAUCUUACCGAGACAGGUUACUCUACGAGACCGCGUUACAGUGGCCACGCUUAUCCCCUUCUCGUCUGCGCAGGAAGUACCUCGUUCGCUGUUAGCGUAUCUGUGCGACGAGCUUAACAAGGAGAUCGAGAAGGGCGACACCUACCCGUUUCUCAACCCAUUGAGCCUUGAGGAGUUCGGCACAGACUGGUUCUCCCACUUUACGGCUGUCAUGGUGCUCGGAGACGUGCCUACCGUCGGUCACGUACAGUCUCUAGAGGCUAUUGGCGCCGACUGGGGGAAGAUAUGUUUGGGUAGCUUCAAUAUCAAGCCCAAUUAUCCGGGAAGGAGUAGUCAUAUAUGUAACGGCGCGUUCUUGGUGACGGAUGCCUCGAGAAACCGUGGUGUAGGCAGGCUGAUGGGAGAAUGCUACCUGGAAUGGGCUCCACAGAUGCUCAUCGAUGCGAUCAUAUAUGGUCGAGAUCUCGGCCCAGAAGGUGAAGACUUUGUCUCUGAGGAACGAUUCGACAAGAUCAGAUACUAUCUCAAGCACUCCAAAUACCCAAGUGGAGCAGAUCGGGCUGAGAAAAGCCGUCUACGCAGUGCAGCCACACAUUAUAAACUUGUAGGGGGUGAGAAGGGUGAGCCAGAAAAGCUGAUGUUGAAGGAUAAGGAGGUUGUCUCCGAUCCUCAACAGCAGUAUGAAAUUGCUCGCGGCAUACACCAGCAACAGCAUGGCGGGAUCAACAAGACCACCGCCACGAUUGCGCUAAAGUACCAUUGGGUCCGCAUCAAGGAGACCGUCAGCAUGGUUAUCAAGAAUUGUCCCCAGUGCAAGGAAGGCCCCAAGGCACCUAUAAAUGGAGCCAGCAGCCUCAGCCACACCAGCUCUCAUGCCAACAGUCCGGACCCCAAUUCAUUCAAACGAGAAAAGCCACUUACUUCUCGCGUCCAUACCUUCAACAUAGCACCUCCAAACACCUUUAACCUGCCGCCCCAGUCCGACCAGCAACUCCCCAACGUAUCCGUUCACCAGUACUCCAAGGAGGAAACCUUCACCUCUUCCAACUCUCAUACACACCCUCAUACUAACUCUCUCAUCCAUGCCGAACAAAUGGCGGAUUACACCGAUGUACCACUAGAUCCACAGAUAAUGGACGAUUUACAUCACCAUCUACCAUCUUUUCAACACCACAAUGGUGUCAAUGUAGGCGUGGGCGUAAGUCCAUAUGAAACCGACGGCACACAGGACGCCCUAACACAUGGCUUUGACCAUACAUCCAUGCAGCAUCACGACCACGGCCACCACGGCCACCACCACGACCACACUGGAAACUACCAGGUAGUCGAAGAAGACGACCUGAUGGCCUCACAUACCAGCGUUGGUGCCGGAGUGGGCGUCGAUGUCGACGUGGAUGUCGGCGUAGGCAUGCGAGACCAAUCGAUGAGGCUCGUAGAGGCGACACGGCUACAGAACGAUGCACAGUUCCAGGCGGACCUACUUACUGUUGCCUUUGGCGGGAGAGAAGACCAAAAUCACUUUGAUAGCUAA